AUGGCUUUUAAGAUCCUAGUAGCAUUAUUACCUUUUUUGAUAAUAUUUGGUGUUUUAUCUGCUGCUGAUGAUUUAUCGAGCUUGGAACAAGAAGAAGCUGAUGCUUUGAAACAUUUCAAGAACUCAAUCACAGAUGACCCAACUGGUGCACUCUUGGAUUGGAAUUCUGAUUCAACCCACCAUUGCAACUGGACGGGCAUCCAAUGUGACGAUGUUUCUCGUCGUGUAAUUUUGAUUUCUCUUCGUGAAACGCAGCUGAAAGGCCAAAUCUCGCCUUUUCUUGGAAACCUUUCCGAACUCCAAGUGCUUGAUCUAUCUUUUAAUUCUUUGACUGGCAACAUUCCAUUCCAGUUGGGAUAUUGUACACAGCUUAUUGGGUUUUCACUAAAUGCCAAUUCUGUUUCUGGCCCAAUUCCACCAGAACUCGGAAACCUCAACAAUCUUGAGGUACUAAACCUGGGAAACAAUUCCAUUACUGGAAUCAUUCCUGCAAGCUUGUGUAACUGCACUUCAUUGUCAACUCUUGGCCUUUAUGAGAACAUGCUUAAUGGUACGAUUCCCGAUAGAAUCGGUGACCUGAUCAAUCUUCAGCUUCUUGUAGCUCGUAAUAACCUUUUGGAAGGUUCAAUUCCUCCUUCCAUUGGUAAUCUGAAAGAUUUGCAAGCUAUUGAGUUGACUGCAAACAAGAUCACCGGUAUUAUUCCUACAGAGAUUGGGAACUUGUCAAGUUUACAAGUUCUUCACUUGUCCGAGAACUCCCUCUCAGGAGAAAUACCAACUGAAAUUGGGCGUUGCAAAUACCUAACUUCAGUCAAUAUAUAUGAAAACAAACUUACUGGAAGCAUUCCUCAUGAGAUUGGAAAUCUUGUGGAAUUACAAAGUCUGCAGUUAUAUAGAAAUCAACUCAGCUCCACGAUCCCAAGCUCGUUGUUCCGGUUGAAAUCAUUAGUUAUUUUGCAGCUGUCAAGGAAUAAUCUAACCGGGAACGUUUCUUCAGAGAUCGAUUUAAUGGAGUCGCUGGAGUCGCUGACCCUGCAUGAGAACAAGCUUACAGGUGAAAUCCCUGCAUCCAUAACCAGGUUGGUGAAUCUGACAUAUUUGACAAUUAACUCAAACUUUCUCACUGGAUCAAUUCCUUCAAGCAUCGGGUCUUUGUAUAACUUAAGGAAUUUGUCUCUUUUCAACAAUUUUCUUGAGGGAUCUAUUCCAAUGAGCAUCACAAAUUGCACAAAUAUCCGUUGGAUAGAUUUGACUAGUAAUAGGCUGACUGGGGAAAUACCCGGGGGUUUAGGAAACUUGUCACUUCUUGAAUUUUUACUUAUUGGGGAUAACAAAAUUUCUGGAAAGAUCCCGGAUGACAUAUCUGGUUGUUCAAGUCUUGAAAUCUUAGAUAUAGCGCAUAACAAUUUUAGUGGUUUGGUGCCACAAAGUAUUGGUAAACUUUCAAGUCUACAGGUCCUGCGAUUUGAUGAUAAUUCUUUUUUCGGGCCAAUCCCAAGAGAAAUUGGAAAUUUAAGUAGCUUGAUUACGUUAAACCUCAGGCUAAACCAAUUUUCAGGCACCAUUCCUGUACAACUUUCAAAUAUCUCUUCCCUUCAAAGCCUUAGGGUGGGUGAUAAUAAUCUGGAAGGUGGGAUUCCAGAUGAAUUCUCUAAUCUUAAACAGCUGACAGAACUUUACUUGAAGAACAACAAUUUUGAAGGUUCUGCUUUCAAUUCUGUUUCAAAGCUUGAGAUGCUUUCUCAGUUGGAUCUCAGUGGAAACAGGUUUAGCGGGCCAAUUCCUGAAAGCAUGGUGACACUUAAUCGGUUGAUUCUCAUAGACCUCUCACACAACUUUCUCACCGGCUCGAUAUCAAGGCCCUUCAUCUCAAGUAUGAAGAAUGUGCAGAUAUAUCUUAACCUCUCGAACAACUUUCUUACAGGAAAGAUCCCAAAUGAGUUAGGAAAUCUUGAGAUGAUACAAGCCAUUGACAUCUCAAACAAUAAUCUUUCAGGAGGUAUUCCUUUGACACUCCAAGGCUGCAGAAACUUGCAGAGUCUGAAUUUUUCAAAGAAUCGGCUAGAUGGAGAGAUUCCUAGAAGUAUGGCGAAUUUGACCCUCCUUACAUCCGUUGAUCUUUCACAGAACAACUUAAGCGGCAUGAUUCCUGAAGGCUUUGGUAACAUUUUGGGUUUGAAACGCCUGAAUCUUUCUUUCAAUCAUCUAGAAGGACGUGUUCCAGAUACGGGUAUUUUCAGAAAUGCCACCGCAGGUGGAUUAGUUGGAAACCCUUCUCUAUGUGUUACUAACAACACCAAAUUAUGCACCUCGGCCUCAAGGAGAUCAAACCGCUCAAAUCGAUUAUCCAAAAAGACGAUACUGAUAAUUGCAGUACUCGGAUCUCUAGGUUUGAUACUAGUUUUAUUUAUGGCAGUUUUAUUUUAUCGACAACAUGUAAGAAAACAGAUGGUCAAAAGAUCCAUGAACCCAGAACCAGAGUACACCCCAGAGCCUACUCACAAAAGAUUUGAUAGAAAAGAGCUUGAAGAUGCUACUGAGGGGUUUAGUGAAAGUAACAUUCUGGGUACAAGCAGUUUAAGCACGGUGUACAAAGGUACACUAGAAGAUGGAAAGAUAAUAGCGGUCAAGAAUUUGAACUUCACAAGGUUCUCAGCAGAAUCCGAUAAGAGCUUCAAAAAAGAAAUGACAACGAUAGCAAAACUGAGGCAUAGAAAUCUAGUGAAGGUACUUGGUUACGCAUGGGAGAGUGGGAAACUAAAGGCGUUGGUUCUUGAAUACAUGGAAAACGGUAACUUGGAUAGAGUUAUACAUGACUCUGGUAUUGAUCGAUCAAGAUGGGAUCUUUCUGAGAGAGUAGCUGUUUUGGUUUCUGUUUCUAGAGGAAUGUUUUACUUGCAUUCAGGAUAUGAUUUCCCUAUAGUUCACUGUGAUUUGAAGCCUUCUAACAUCCUUCUUGAUGAAAAAUGGGAUGCUCAUGUUAGUGAUUUUGGGACGGCUCGAAUGCUUGGAGUUCAUCAACAAGAUGGCAGCAGCAUCUCUUCUCAAUCCACAUUUCAAGGCACCAUUGGUUACUUGGCACCAGAGUUUGCAUAUAUGAGAAAAGUGACGACGAAAGUAGACGUAUAUAGCUUUGGAAUAAUAAUUAUGGAGAUUAUCACUAGAAAAAGGCCUACGGGACUCACCGAAGAGGAGGGGAUCCAAAUCACAUUGCCUCAACUCGUAGAGCAAUCACUUUCCAAUGGAAUCAACGCGCUGACUGAAAUUGUGGAUCCUGACUUGGCUUCCAAUUUCCUCACAAAUCAAGGCGUGAUAGAACAGCUUCUGAAGUUGGCCUUAUCUUGCACCAGAAUGGAUCCAGAUAAUCGACCAGAGAUGAAUGAAGUCUUAUCUAUGCUUACAAAUAUCAGCAAGAGUCUAACCCACGAGAACCGGAAAGAGGAAGAUAUAUCAACCCGAUAACUCAUAUUUCAUCAAUUUGUUUGAGAGAAUAUAGCCAUAUAGGGACUUUACCAGCAUAUUUACUUUCAACAUUUUGACCAUUUGUAUUCAUGUACAUAUAUAUAUAUAUAUAUAUAUAUACGAGUAUAUCAUUACAUUUUCUGGAUUUUUACAAGUAUAUUUUGUAAAGGUAUAAAAGAAGUUUCAAUCAUUGUAGCAAGAGAUAUAAAUUACCUAGCUUUCAUAA